UCCAAGCGCCAUAGACCGAACCCCAAAAACUUUCUGUAAAAUACCCUAUUUAAAUGUUCCUUACCUUGUAAAUAAUUGCUGCAUUGCAAAAAAAAAUAAAGAAAAAUCUUUUAAACUAAGAAAAUGAGAAGCCGAAAACUUGUCAUCGCGAAAUUCGCUCGGUGAACCCGCCAUACCGGAUGUGACGUCACGGGUGGAACACGGCUCUUCUCUCCAAGGCCGGUGGCGGGAAAAUAUGAACAAGAAAAGAUAGCUAUGACAAAGCGCUGUGUGGCCCACGGCUGCAGUUCGCAGUCAAAAGCCAAUAUAAGUAUUCAUAAGUUUCCAAAGGAACCUAAAAUAAGAAAACAGUGGGAAAAUUUUGUAAAAACUAGAAGACAAAACUGGCAAUGUACAACGUAUAGCUACCUCUGUAGCCUGCAUUUUCUUCAGUCCGACUACAUUGAUAAUGACAUCAAAAAGACGUUUGGAUAUCAAGGACAAAAUCGACUGAAACCUGACGCAGUUCCAACGGUGCAUGCAAUCUCACAAGCAGUUAAAGCACCACUAUCUCAAACUCGAACUGCAUAUGAAAAGAGAGAAAGACAUAGGACAUUAGAAGAUAUUAUUAAGGAGCCAUAUUCCCAAUGCACUGAAAACAUUGAAGUACAAACAACUGAKAGUUCAUCAAUCUCAUCUCCGCCAUCAAUCAAUAACAAUAACAUAGAAAAUCUUCUCAAAGAAUUGAAAGAUGAUCAGUCAUUGGCCGAAAAGAAGUACAAGAGUGUAAAGCUGCAGGCCAGACCUUUAGGUCAUAGUAAAGCUUGUCAGACAGAGUACACAAUGUUAGUGGAUAAUGCAACACAAUGUAAUUUAUUA